AUGUUGUCGGUAUUCGUUGCAUGGCUUUCCCCUCGCUAUAAUGGGGAUUCAAUUGUAUUUUUUAGGGCAGAAAAUGGGGUUCUUUGGAUUGGAAUUCGAAGAGCCAAGCGCGGUGUUGGCUUUUGUGGGCAUGAGACCCCAUCUGGGUGGAACUCUAGUGGUGCUGGAAAUUUAGGGGGAUUUUCAGCCUUUCUGAAGGAAGAUGAAAACAAGCUGAUGAAUAGAGGUGGUAAUAAUGGGAAUCUAAUGGAGAGGGGGAGAGUUAAACCUGAAUCGGUUUUCAAUGCCACACUUCUUGCUGCCAGUGGCCAACCUUUUGAGGUGGUUUAUUACCCAUGUGCAAGGACACCAGAGUUUUGUGUGAAGGUGUCAUCCGUGAGAGCGUCUAUGAGGAUCCAGUGGUGCCCUGGAAUGAGGUUCAAGAUGGCUUUUGAAACUGAGGAUUCCUCACGUAUUAGCUGGUUUAUGGGAACUAUAGCUUUUGUUCAUGUUGCUGACCCCGUUUGCUGGCCUAAUUUAGUUUUAACUUUUAGGUUUUGUGUUUGCGUGUUGCCUAAAUAUCUUGUUUAUUUUGAUUUGUUAAUGUUGGUAACUUGGUUUGUCAAAUUUUUUUAUGCAUCUUGUUGA